AUGGCACCGAGCGCCGUGGAACCGCCCACCACGCCUCGUUUUGAGGCCGCUUUUUCAUCGCUCAAGACGCCCGAUAACAAGCGCGGUAUUAACCUCGUGGGCGAGCCUCCUCAGCUUGCAACCUCGCGGGCCAGUCGUGUUCCAAUUGUCGGGAACCUGCUGCAAGUAUUCAUCGUGGCUGCCAUAGUCGUGUACGCGUACGGCCAACUCUUCUACUUCUCCAAGAAUUACAGCGAGUUGAGGGCGACAAUCGGCAAGUGGUUCGGUGUUCCUGUCGAUGGGAACGAGAGCGCGGGCAGUCACCCGGAAAUGGUGCAGCCCACGUACUUCUUCAUCGUCGGCUUCCUUCCGAUAGCGGCUUCGCUGGUGUUUCUCGAGCUGCUGAGGCACUUCAGAGUUUGUCGAAUCACCUCGCGCUACGUCCUCAGCCUCACGCGGGUGCUUCGUUGCAAGCCUCGGAUAUUCGGAUGGGUGGCGCGCGUCAGUCUCGGUGAGCUUCUGUUCCUGAUCUUCCUCGUUGGUGGCAAUAUCUACGUGUUCGAGUACUACUGCGGCCGCCAAGUGGAGAAGAUGGGCGUUGUGUGUAUCUACAACAUGGCCUUCCUCUUCCUGCCAGCCACGCGCAACUGCGUGUGGAUGGAGUUCCUUAACAUCUCGUACGCCAAUGGGAUCAAGUAUCACCGCUGGGUGGGCGUUAUCACCGUCUUGACGGCGCUGUUCCACUGUAUCGGGUACUACUGGUCGUGGAUCCGACAGGGGGAGUGGAGGGAGAACGCCCUACCCUGCUUCGACUGCGAAGUCGGCAGCAAGGAGGGCCACGACCCGUGGAUGAACUUCUUCGGAGAGAUCGCGCUGCUGGCCUUCCUGGCCAUUGGCCUGACGUCCAUCCCGUGGGUGCGCCGCAAAAUGUACAACACGUUCUACUCCGUACACCACCUCUUCCUGGUCGGCACCAUCUUCGCCGUGCUGCACUAUAACGCCAUCCUCGCGUGGAUCUUCCCGUCCGUCAUGCUUUACGUCAUCUGCCGUGCGCUCUCCAGCUCCAACGGGUUCUCCCCGGUCUCUGUGGUGGUGGCGCGUUCUACCGCCCCCGCGGGCGACUUCAAGGUCGGCCAGUUCGUCUACAUCAACGUGCCGGCCAUCUCCAAGCUGCAGUGGCACGCCUUCACCAUCGCGUCGUCGCCGCGCUCCAGCCCCGACUCGCUGACGAUCCUGCUCAAGUCACUCGGUGACUGGACCCAGGAGCUCGUCCAGUACUCGGAGGACUGCAAGAAGGACAACGUGCUGCCGACCAUCUACGUGGACGGCUACUACGGCGGCUCGCUCGAGAUGUACGACGAGUACUCGACCGUGUGUCUCGUGGGCGGCGGCAUCGGCGUGACGCCCUUGUUCGCCAUCCUUGAGGACAUCGUGACCAAGCUGCACCACGGCGAGAGCAUCCGCCAGAAGGUCUUCUUCAUCUUCUCGUUCCGUGAGCUGUCGCUGCUGGAGGAGAUCCACCCGCUGCUGGUCAAGAUCAAGGAGCUGGACCCGCAGGAGCAGUACUUCAGCCUGCACUUCAGCCUCACGCGCGCGCCGACGACCGAGCAGCUGGAGAAGACGAUCGACCACGGCCGUCUCGCGGGCAAGCCGCACGCGUCUGCGGUUCGCUAUGACUCGGCCAAGGUCCCGACCCCUUUCGCUAUGUCCGUCCGCUCCGGAACCAGUCGAGUGGCCAUGCACACGGCCUCGUUCCUGGUGACGCUCAUCGUCGUGGUGCUCGUCAAGUACGGCAACAAGGUGCAGGCCGAGGACGAGAAUCUGUGGCCCCUGCAGAACCUCGUGGAGAUCUCGCUGCUCAUGGUCGUGGCCUUUGUGGCCGUGUUCGUGAGUAUCGCGCUGGAGAGCAAGACCCGCGUGCAGAAGAGCGAUUCGAGGCGCGCGUACGACGUGGCGGAGACGCCCCAGACGACGGUAUCUCUCGCUCUCAAUACGGACGUGCAGACGUUCCAGGACCUCAUCUCCGAGUACAACGUCCAGGUGGGCCAGCGCCCUAACAUCCCCGAGCUCAUGCAGAAGGCGCUCGAGGGCCACAAGGAGCUCACGUCGAGUGACCCGUCGGCUGUUGUUCCGGGCAACUCAACGAUCGGGGUCUUCGUGUCUGGCCCGGAGGAGAUGAAGCUGGCGGUCGAGUACGCAAUCGCUGACAUUGGUGCCAGCCACUUUGACGUCUUUGAGGAGGAGUUCGAGCUGUAA